AUGGACCGGCACCAGCGCGAGUUGCUGCAGCGGCUGAACUUCCAAGAUGAGGUGCUGUCCCUUCUGCUGGUGGCGAAACCUGAGCAGAGGGCAAUGGCGGAGACGGAGAUCUACUAUCAGGAGCAGAGGCAGCCCCCAGAACCGGAGAGCCUGCCCGUGGAUCCUCCGAAGUAUGGCUCCAAGGUAGCCUCACGGCAAGAAAGCUUGGAUGCGGCAGUGCUCGAAGCACCCGCGGCCGUGGUGGAGGACAUGAACCUGGACGCGAUCGAAAUGCCGCAUUCCCGGCAGGUAAGUCGAGACAGUGGGUUUCGCAAGGAGGCGGCGAUGAUCGACGUGCAGCAACAGCUUGACAGAGUUGGUGCAUCCAAGCCAAGGCUUUUCCGCACGCAAAGUGAGAAGGAGGAGGCCAUGAAGCGUGCUGCUUCGGCACGGGAGCUGGAAAUCGACCUCGAAGGAGCGCCCGCGGACGAAGCCAACGACUCCGAUAUCUGUCCUUCGCAAACCCGGCGGAGUGUCCGCAAUGCCUCUCCAGAAAUUUGGGAAGAGAUGAGCUGGAGAGAAAAGAUGCAGCGCGUGGUUCAGUCGGUGCCCUUCGAGGUCUUUUUCUCGGUCUGUAUCGUGGCGAAUGCGGUGGAGCUGGGCGUCGAUGUGCAGAUGUUUGCGCACAAUCCAGGUCACUCCGCGAUCGAGAUGGAGGUCAUUGGCUACAUCUUCACAGCGCUGUUUGCGGUGGAGCUUUUCCUGAGAAUUGCCGCUUAUGGUAAGCAAUUCUUCCUGGAACCGAAGAACCUUGCUUGGAACAUCAUGGAUCUCAUCAUUGUCGGCAGUGCUUUCGUCGAAAUCAUCGUGCAGGACACUCCGCCUGGGGUGUCUACGUUGACGAACAUGCGUGUGCUGCGGAUCAUCAGAAUCACAAGAUUGGUUCGAUUGACGCGCAUCGCGCGGAUCACUCGAUUCAUCAAGGCGCUGCGGACUUUGGUGAGUUCGAUCGUCUUUACGCUCAAAUCUCUGGUUUGGGCAUUGGUGCUACUGUCGUUGAUCAUCUAUGGGUUUGGCAUUGUCUUCACACAAGCAUCAACCCUCUACCUCAUGGAUUCUCAAACUGGCGACGGUGCUUUGGACGAUGCGGAUCCGAUCCUGAUUGCCAUCGAUGAGUACUGGAAGGAUCUCCCUGCCUCCAUGCUGACGUUGUUCAUGGCAAUCUGCGGCGGGGUCAGUUGGGAGAAUGCAUUGAGACCGAUGAGUGUUGUCUCGGAGUGGUGC